AUGACUGUUUUUAUAACUAUAUAUCGCAAUAAGAGAUGGACCUAUAGGGCCUUUAUGGAUUUCGUGAUAAAUACUGUUGAUACCCCAGGUACUAAUGUCAGUCUCCAAAGGCAACAGCGUCUUACUGAAGAAUUUGUGCCUCGUGCAGAUUUGCUUCUUUUUCUUAUUUCUGCUGAAACACUGGCAUUGGAAUGCCCUGGCCCAUGGGUUUGGACUUUGGUGUAA